ACACACGUACCAGUGUGUACAUAUUUCCCACAAAAAAAAACCAAGCGGUACAUAGAAAAGUUGUAAACAAUCCGAAAAAAUUAUAAAAACUAAGGAAAAAUGGUUAAAAACGAGACAAACUUUGUGGUGGAGCGCAUCAUGGACAAGCGCAUCACCAGCGACGGCAAGGUGGAGUACUUCAUCAAGUGGCGCGGCUUCCCGUCGACGGACAACACCUGGGAGCCGGAGGAGAACUGCGACUGUCCGACGCUAAUCCAGCGUUUCGAGGAGUCGAGGGCCAAGUCGAAAAAGCGAGGCGAGAAGAAGCCCAAGUGCGAGGAGAUCCAGAAGCCACGUGGAUACGAACGCGGUCUGGAGCUGGCCGAGAUAGUGGGCGCCACGGAUGUCACCGGGGGCAUUAAGUACCUUGUGCGUUGGCAGUACUGCGAUGAAUUUGACUUGGUGCCCAGCAGUCAGCUGUCGGAAAAGGAUCCGCAGAUGCUGAUCGCAUACUAUCAGAAGAUGGCACCGUAUACGCGCCACAUAGCGAAGCGGAUGAAAGGCGUGCCGGAAGAGCUGCGUUCGGUGGCCUCGCGCACAAGUUACCCGCCCGUUAGCAGCGUUCCGGUAGAAGUUCAUCAAGAAGUGGCGCAGGAACAUGAUCAGACAGCUGAACAGUACAGCAUGGCCAUGCCCGUCGAUCAGGUGCCACAGCAUCACACACCCAUGGACCUCGCCGACGACCCCAACAUGGGAAAUGUAGCAGUUUCCUACUCCAUUCCGGUGCCAGGUGUUGGUCACAUCGGCAUUGAUGUGCCCAUGGCAGACGGCCAAUAAGGACGCAAUCGGACUCUACGGUUCAAUAUUUACUCUUAGCCCUUAAGUUACUUUUAUGUAAAGCUAUCUAAAACCGAUUGGCUCAUCCAGAUUGAUGUUGCCCAGCUGGCCAGUGCGGAAGAAGUGUAUAAACUUUCGUGCUGCCGCCAAUAAAUUGGUCAUCACCUCCACCCGUC